AUGAACCAGGGGAUCCGAGUCGUGCUUGAUGUCACGGAGGGACUGAGGGAUUGCAGUGUCACCUGUGACAAUUUCUUCACCUCUUACGAACUCGGACAGCAGCUGCUGAAAAGGAAGAUGACCAUGGAGCUCCUACUUGGGCUGUUCCUGCCGAAGGGAAGAGCGGCGAUCACAUCAAACACAGCUGAGGCCACUGGACGCUCAUCCAGUGGAAAUAUUGGUUAUAAGCUGCUCUUAUUUGAUAAUUUAACCUUUAUUGUGGUUUUUCAUUUGUUUACAUUAGACUUUCAGCUCAACAUGUUGAACAGAUUUUCACUAAAAUCUGAAGUGAAACUUCUGAACAGGUCCAAGGACAGACGGAAAGUUCUGGACUUCAUUUGCAUAAUAUACAGAAAGAACAGUUCUGAAUGUUUACCUCUACAUCUGACCAGCUGA